UUAUAUAUAGCGGUUGGAUGCCCGCUGGUUUUCCUGCUGCUGAGGUUAAAUGACAAGGCUGGAACUGCAGUGCAUUGCGGGGACGGGCAGGAUAAGAAGGUAUAAUAACCGGAUAGGACCGGGGAAGGAAGGAAAGGGACGGUGCCACUUGGAUUCACAGACAUCGAACCUCGCCUUAAUUUAGAUUCAGAAUGGGGAAUAGAGACGACGAGUAUGAUUACUUGUUUAAAGUGGUGUUGAUAGGAGACUCUGGAGUGGGGAAGAGUAACCUGUUGUCUCGUUUCACCCGGAAUGAGUUUAACCUGGAGAGUAAGAGCACCAUCGGGGUGGAGUUUGCCACCCGCAGUAUCCAGGUGGAUGGGAAGACCGUGAAGGCUCAGAUCUGGGACACAGCUGGCCAGGAGAGAUACCGGGCUAUUACAUCAGCGUAUUACCGUGGUGCAGUGGGGGCCUUGUUGGUCUAUGACAUCGCCAAGCACCUGACCUAUGAAAACGUGGAGCGUUGGCUGAAGGAGCUGAGAGACCAUGCAGACAGCAACAUCGUCAUUAUGCUGGUCGGCAACAAGAGUGACCUGCGCCACCUCAGGGCCGUGCCCACCGACGAGGCACGGACAUUUGCAGAGAAGAACGGUUUGUCUUUCCUGGAGACCUCAGCCCUGGACUCUACUAACGUGGAGACAUCCUUCCAGACCAUUCUGACUGAAAUCUAUCGCAUCGUGUCUCAGAAACAGAUGUCGGACCGACGAGACAACGACAUGUCGCCUAGCAACAACGUGGUCAACAUCCAGGUGCAGCCGACGGAGAACAAACCAAAGAUGCAGUGUUGUCAGAGCAUCUAACAGCCUCACCAGUAGCACCUGAUCCCCUCCCCUAAAAGACUGCUUGGUCCUGUCUGACUGAGACACAGCUGCAUGGCCAGGCUCUAGACUGAGACACAGCUGCGUGACCAGGCUCUAGACUGAGACACAGCUGCGUGGCCAGGCUCUAGACUGAGACACAGCUGCGUGGCCAGGCUCUAGACUGAGACACAGCUGCGUGGCCAGGCUCUAGACUGAGACACAGCUGCAUGGCCAGGCUCUAGACUGAGACACAGCUGCAUGGCCAGGCUCUAGACUGAGACACAGCUGCAUGGCCAGGCUCUAAACUGAGACACAGCUGCAUGGCCAGGCUCUAGACUGAGACACAGCUGCAUGGCCAGGCUCUAGACUGAGACACAGCUGCAUGGCCAGGCUCUAGACUGAGACACAGCUGCAUGGCCAGGCUCUAGACUGAGACACAGCUGCAUGGCCAGGCUCUAGACUCUAUGCUUCCAUGUAGAGGGUGAGGCUGUGUCCAGAUUCUCCACCCUUCCUCCCAAAGUGUGGCAUACUCCAUGUCAUGGAUUUAAAGGCAUUAGAUUGUAAUCAUUGGCUGAAGAGAGUUUAUUUUCAUCAUUGUUAAAUGUAUGAUGGGAAAUGUUCAAGUGAACACUUUGAGAAAAGGGUGGAUCAUUAGGGUGCAGCUGUGAGCCCGCUGGUUCCUUAAGGAUCCCCAGUCAGGAUUAUACAGCUGUGAGCCCGCUGGUUCCUUAAGGAUCCCCAGUCAGGACUAUACAGCUGUGAGCCCACUGGUUCCUUAAGGAUCCCCAGUCAGGACUAUACAGCUGUGUCUGAGCAUGUUGGUUCCUUAAGGAUCCCCAGUCAGGACUAUACAGCUGUGAUCCCGUUGGUUCCUUAAGGAUCCCCAGUCAGGACUAUACAGCUGUGUCUGAGCAUGUUGGUUCCUUCAGGAUCCCCAGUCAGGACUAUACAGCUGUGUCUGAGCCCGCUGGUUCCUUAAGGAUCCCCAGUCAGGACUAUACAGCUGUGAGCCCACUGGUUCCUUAAGGAUCCCCAGUCAGGACUAUACAGCUGUGUCUGAGCAUGUUGGUUCCUUAAGGAUCCCCAGUCAGGACUAUACAGCUGUGAUCCCGUUGGUUCCUUAAGGAUCCCCAGUCAGGACUAUACAGCUGUGUCUGAGCAUGUUGGUUCCUUCAGGAUCCCCAGUCAGGACUAUACAGCUGUGUCUGAGCCCGUUGGUUCCUUAAGGAUCCCCAGUCAGGACUAUACAGCUGUGUCUGAGCCCGUUGGUUCCUUAAGGAUCCCCAGUCAGGACUAUACAGCUGUGUCUGAACCCGUUGGUUCCUUAAGGAUCCCCAGUCAGGAUUAUACAGCUGUGUCUGAGCCCGUUGGUUCCUUAAGGAUCCCAGUCAGGACUAUACAGCUGUGUCUGAUCCCGUUGGUUCCUUAAGGAUCCCCAGUCAGGACUAUACAGCUGUGUCUGAGCCUGUUGGUUCCUUAAGGAUCCCCAGUCAGGACUAUACAGCUGUGAUCCCGUUGGUUCCUUAAGGAUCCCCAGUCAGGACUAUACAGCUGUGUCUGAGCAUGUGUUGGUUCCUUCAGGAUCCCCAGUCAGGACUAUACAGCUGUGUCUGAGCCCGUUGGUUCCUUAAGGAUCCCCAGUCAGGACUAUACAGCUGUCUGAUCUCGUUGGUUCCUUAAAGAUCCCCAGUCAGGACUAUACAGCUGUGUCUGAGCAUGUUGGUUCCUUAAGAAUCCCCAGUCAGGACUAUACAGCUGUGUCUGAGCCCGUUGGUUCCUUAAGGAACCCCAGUCCGGACUAUACAGCUGUGUCUGAUCCCGUUGGUUCCUUAAGGAUCCCCAGUCAGGACUGUACAGCUGUGUCUGAUCCCGUUGGUUCCUUAAGGAUCCCCAGUCGGGACUAUACAGCUGUGUCUGAUCCCUUUGGUUCCUUAAGGAUCCCCAGUCAGGACUAUACAGCUGUGUCUGAUCCCGUUGGUUCCUUAAGGAUCCCCAGUCAGGACUGUACAGCUGUGUCUGAUCCCGUUGGUUCCUUAAGGAUCCCCAGUCGGGACUAUACAGCUGUGUCUGAGCCCGUUGGUUCCUUAGGGAUCCCCAGUCAGGACUAUACAGCUGUGUCUGAGCCCGUUGGUUCCUUAAGGAUCCCCAGUCAGGACUAUACAGCUGUGAUCCCGUUGGUUCCUUAAGGAACCCUUCAGGAUUAUACAGCUGUGAUCCCGUUGGUUCCUUAAGGAUCCCCAGUCAGGAUUAUACAGCUGUGAUCCCGUUGGUUCCUUAAGGAUCCCCAGUCAGGACUAUACAGCUGUGUCUGAGCCGGUUGGUUCCUUAAGGAACCCCAGUCAGGAUUAUACAGCUGUCUGAGCCCGUUGGUUCCUUAAGGAACCCCAGUCAGGACUAUACAGCUGUGUCUGAGCCCGUUGGUUCCUUAAGGAACCCCAGCUUUUUAUUUUUGCCGUCUUUUAUAUUAUUAUAUAGCUGUUUUAAUAACCAGACAGACGCUGGAAGAAUCUGCACAGAAAUGUAUUCAUAUAUGAUGGAAUAGUUUUAUUGGUGAUAACGCAGACCUGCCAACAUACAUUGUACCUACCAUAGGCUUCUAUUUGGCACAUUGUGGUUUUUGACUCAACCGGCUAAAGUUGGAGCUGAGCCAAUCAGAGGACUUGGCUGAGGAGAAAACAUCUCCAGCUCUCCUCCCCCCCUGUGUUCAUAGUAAUGUUUUCCUCACUCCAUCUUGAUAGCAGCUCUUCACUCUGUCUGUUCAUACCACUGAUGCGUGAGCGGGAAAAUGGAGAACCAACUGUUUGGCAAAUACAUUUUCCAUAAUUGUAAGUGUUAGUCAAGCACAUAACCACUAUUUAGCAGUUAGCUCCUUAGCUAAGGCGUCAUUACGACUAAGGUAGUUAGCUACAGUGUUUAGUCAACUAAGCGAGAACAAUUUCUCUGCAAUGGUAGUAGGCACAAGCACAUUGACGAGCAACAUGUGCUGUGUUGCAGUAGUUCAAUGUUACUGAGUGUUAUGCUAGUUCAGCGCUGCGCUAGUUCAGCGCUGCGCUAGUUCAGUGUGCGUCACUGUGAGGAUGGAAACAGACAUGGCAGAGAGCUGUUCUGCUAAUACUGUCCUUCAUUGAAAGUUAUGUUAAAGUGUUAAAGAUUAGCAGGCCUAUGUUAUUGAAUCAUUUGUGGAUCUGUCCUCUUCAAAUACCUGGUGGAUGAGGUCAGGGCCGGUGGAUGAGGUCAGGGCCGGUGGAUGAGGUCCGGGCCGGUGGAUGAGGUCAGGGAUAGAGAUCUGGAACCAGCUCCUAUAAGCCUAGCUCAAUUUUUGUCAUAUUCCAUAUAUCCUACAGUCAACUAGACUGCUACAUUGCAUCCAUUAAUUUAAUUAUUUAGAAUUUUCUCCUCAAACAAGUUUAAGAAGAAGCUAGUUUGCAUUUUCACUAGACGAUCCACCUUCAUUACCCCUCAAUUUAACCUAGAAAAAAAACACCUCAAUUUAAUUUAGCAUCAAACACAAUACUUCUAUGUUUACUACAAUGUUUGAUUUAAUUUAUAGCUCUAGCCUGAGGGGAAAGUCGACUGACCCAAUCUGGGCCUUCUCCUACACAACCUUAGUCCUACAUCCGCACCACCUUGGCAGAAAAUCCCAGGGAGAGCCCUGAUUGUACAUCUGACCGUAUUUCUAGUUUGCUACUGAAGACCAGCCAAUUACCAAGUACCCAUAGCAGUCUAUAGACUACCAUGCCUACUGAGGCAGUCUUCUACCAACAUCAUUUGGAUAAAAAAGGUUCCUAUGACUUGACCAGUGUGGGUGUCGUUGCACUGAAUUGGUACUCUUAAAACUUAUUCAAGGAUAAUGUGAGGAUUGUUUUUGUUCAUUUGAAAAUGAACCUGGUUAAAGGAGUGCACUGUGAAGGGAAUAGGGGGCCAUGUGGGACUCGGGCAGUGGGGAGCCUGGUACUGCUACUGUAUAGAUGAUGGCUUCUUUCUUGUUGUAAUGCUAAUGAUAGGCUAGGGAUCAGUGGUAGUAAUGCUGUAAUGAUAAUGAUAGGCUAGGGAUCAGUGGUAGUAAUGCUAAUGAUGAUAGGCUAGGGAUCAGUAGUAGUGAUGCUAAUGAUAGGCUAGGGAUCAGUGGUAGUAAUGCUAAUGAUAGGCUAGGGAUCAGUGGUAGUAAUGCAGUAAUGCUAAUGAUAGGCUAGGGAUCAGUGGUAGUAAUGCUAAUGAUAGGCUAGGGAUCAGUGGUAGUAAUGCAGUAAUGCUAAUGAUAGGCUAGGGAUCAGUGGUAGUAAUGCUGUAAUGCUAAUGAUAGGCUAUGGAUCAGUGGUAGUAAUGAUGUAAUGCUAAUGAUAGGCCAGGGAUCAGUGGUAGUAAUGCUGUAAUGCUAAUGAUAGGCUAGGGAUCAGUGGUAGUAAUGCUGUAAUGCUAAUGAUAGGCCAGGGAUCAGUGGUAGUAAUGCUGUAAUGCUAAUGAUAGGCCAGGGAUCAGUGGUAGUAAUGCUGUAAUGCUAAUGAUAGGCUAGGGAUCAGUGGUAGUAAUGCUGUAAUGCUAAUGAUAGGCCAGGGAUCAGUGGUAGUAAUGCUGUAAUGCUAAUGAUAGGCCAGGGAUCAGUGGUAGUAAUGCUAUAAUGCUAAUGAUAGGCCAGGGAUCAGUGCUCCUUCUGAGCUUCCUGCCUUCAAUUCGUCUAUUUAUUCACAAUUGAAGGGGUUGCAAAAUGUCCCUACAUUUUCCAGAAAUCCCUGGGAGCCAGGUGGAGCUUGUUGUCAUGGUGAAGGAUGGUAGCAUAAAGUCUAGUGAUGCCACUGCUCAUGAGUCCGGAUUCCCAGCUCUGUUUGUGUGGUCUUGCCAACUCUGUCAUUAUCAUAAGACGGGGUUAUUACCCUACGACGUCCGGACUACUGCUGCUUUUCUGUUCUACCUGUUUGGCGGAAUGAAUACACCCUUGGUGUCCCAGGUCGAAAUGAGUCCCUAACUAGAGGGGAAGAAUGAUACAUAGCAGUUCAACUGGCUUUGAGGUCCAGAUUUCAAUUUGAGGGACAUGGGCGUUAUGACAAAACGGCACAAACAGAUCUGGGAUUCAGCCUAACCAUGGUUUACCUUGGUGUCAAUGGGAACAAGUAAUCGCACAUACAUAACCACUAUCUGGAGAGACCAGACUACAGUUAGACUGCCUAACAGACUGUCUUAUAAGACUGAUUCAUUCAUACAUUUCUGCUUUUGUUUUGUUUUUAAACAUGCUCUAUGCCAGGAUUAGGAUCAGUUCCAGUCAAUUCAGGAAGUACACUGAAAUUCCAAUUAUCUUCAACGAGGAACAUUUGGAAUUGGAAUUUGGUUUUACUUUCUGAAUUAAAAUGGAAAUGGCCCAACGCUGAUGGUAACCCUGAGACGUGGCUGUAGGCUCCUUUUAUGUUGCAAGUUGUGAGUGAGUAGUGUUUCAGUGCCUUUAUGGUAGAAUGUCAUGUUGGUUGGGAGUUUUCAGAAACCACCUCCCCUUCUCUUCAAGCCUGGCCGGCUCACCUAGCUAGCUCUCUGGAUUAGUGGACCCAAGGAUCUAAACAGGAUCCUUGGGAUGUCCAACUCUGUCAGCCCUUUGAAGGGGACGUUUCAAACAGUUAAGGAUAAGGGUUAACUGUUAGUGGACAGGACUGGUUCCUGGCCAAGUUGAUCAGGCUGGUUGGCAGGUUCCCUCCAAGUGACUCAACACACCACAGUCUGCAGACUUAGAUCAGCUGCAGGUGUGGAUAAGAGGGAGCCACUGUCUAUUUACUUAAUAAAGCCUAGUAUCCCACUUCACAUAAAGUGUGUCUCAUUGCCCCCUAUCAAACACCCCCUAUCAAAUUGAGAGCACUACAAAUAAGUCUCUGCUACUUCCAUGAAUUAAAAGGGAUUCUUCUGGAUGUUGGCAACAAGGCCCUUUAACUACUGACCCAGAGUCAGAUGAAGCCCUUUAACUACUGACCCAGAGUCAGAUGAAGCCCUUUUAUCUACUGACCCAGAGUCAGAUGAGGCCCUUUAACUACUGACCCAGAGUCAGAUGAAGCCCUUUUAUCUACUAACCCAGAGUCAGAUGAAGCCCUUUUAUCUACUAACCCAGAGUCAGAUGAGGCCCUUUAUCUACUGACCCAGAGAUGAACUCGUGGAUAAACAUUUUAUGUCUCUGUGUCCAGUAUGACGGAAGUUAGCCAAUGCGAAGUCGCGUUAGUGCAAUGACUGGAAGUCCACAGGAACAACUAGCAUGCUAGCCCUACUGAACACAGCCCUGCUGAACACAGCCCUGCUUUAGGUUGUAGUCCCUGGGUGCAUCCCAAAUGGCACCCUAUUCCUUAUAUGGAGCACUACUUUGGACCUGGGCCCGUAGGGGAAUAGAGUGACACUGGGCCCGUAGGGGAAUAGAGUGACCCUGGGCCCAUAGUAGUGCACUAUAUAGAGAAAGGAUGACCCAGUCUGUGUCUGUCAGGCUUGCAGUGCCAAUGAGGAGGUUACAGAGGUCAUCAUCUCCAAUUAGCCUUGUCUGCUCUGUCUGUAUCCCCUUACUAUUACUGUUAUGUAAUUAGUUACGUCAACGAUCACUUUAUGCCUCGGCUCCACUGUUUUAUUUUUCAUUCGCGCUGUACUGUGAUUUGUAUUUUUUUAAUAAUUAAACUGUUAUCUCUGUCCACUACUUACAAUUGAAAAGUGCAAAUAAAUACAAUUAACUAUUACAACUGA